AGACGGCGGAGCUUCAGGACACAGCUAGCUGGCUGCUCGGUUUGUAGCGCGAGGAGAUUGUGUUUAAUUUUGUCUGCUUGUUCAUUUACAGAUACAGAUACCGCCAUGAGCGACAACGAGAAGGAGUUUGUGGUCAAAGUACGUAAGGAUAAUGUGUUUUUUCCCCCCCGAGUAAAAUAUCCUUUUGAACGUCGUGUUCAGGAAAAGUGCGUUGAAAUAAUUGUUAGCGUGAUGCUGCUAGCUAAUAAGCGGAAUCUAUUGUGAAGCACUUUAGCAUUUUUAGCAAGCUGGCUAAUUAGCUACGGCAAUCCGCUGCUCGUUAUUCCAGCUAACGUGUCGCUGUUCUAUAUUUAGCAGUUUAUCGUCAAUAUUCAUCACGGCGCCGAAGGCCUAGCGAUGUAGCUUAUUAGCUUAGCUUAGCUUAGCUAGUCUGUAUUGUGAGGUGUAUGUAAAGCACAGCCUGGGCCUGCUCGUGGCGCUAACUCAAUUGGCGGAAUACCAUAUUCUAAAUCGGCCCACAAUCGAGUGCACGAGAUUAGGCGUGGAAGCCAUAAUGCUGUGUACUACGUAGGGUGCCUAUGUAGGGAGCAGAUGGCGGUUUGGUAUUCGGCUCUGCUUCAGUUACCGAUAGGAACAGCGGCACAUGUUUAACACGGAAUGUUGCAGAUAAUGUCAAAUAAAUGUUAUGUUUAUACCAUACAUUUUUCAAAAUGUCUUUUAGUUGUCGUUUAUCACAGUGAUUGUUAGUUAUCAGCGAAAAAAUAUUAAUAUAAAAAAGAUGUAUAUGUAGGUUAGUAAACACGUGGUUGCGUCAUUUAAAGGUUAAAUAUAUAACCCGAUUUAAAUAAAAAAUAAAUAAAAACAUGCCUGAUCUGAUUUAAAAGGCAUAUAAACCCUAAUUUAGUCCUUUUUAUUUUCACAGUGAAAUAUUUAUUUUUGUAAAUCAAAUUGUUGUGUUUCGUUUUGGGGAAAACAUUUUUUCCUAAUGACUGAAUAUAUAGUAAAGGGACUGUGGGGAAAACAACAGUGCCUUAAAGGGAAAUGUGUUUUUCUUUAAGCUAGUGUUCAUUUAUAAGGGAAGAAAAAUCGCGUUAAUGAUAACUCGUAAAAGUAACAGUGCUUUGCUAUUUUCCCUGAGCAAUCCAGAAAUUUAUUUUGGCCGAUCAGAAUUCAUUUUGGGUUAAGAAUUAAAGGAAAAGUCCACCCUGAUCCAUGACAAAUCCUGCACUAAUUCGUAUUGUGUGUUGUAUUUCUUUGCUGUGGGAUUUGAGGGGUUUCAGUGACGUCACAUGGGGGGGGGCAUUGUUAUUGCUAGCGCAGUUAAAGUUUAACAGAGGGGGUCACACGAUUUGUACUGCGCAAGCGCGGAAAUGCAUCUCCUCCUCGUCUCGAUUCGAUUUAUUUAUACGGCAGGUAUUUAUAAUUACUACUUAAUGUAAUGCUAUAAAGUGUUGUACAAUAUAUAAAGUGAACAAAUUGUCUUUCCGGUACGGAUCAAGUAGUGACAAGAAGAAACAUUUAUAUAGUCAUAUAAAGGUGACGGUUUAGAUCAGAGACCAGAAAGGCAAGACCCCUUAUUUGUUCGCAUUUUUUAACAGCAUUUGUAGACAUCCUGGACACAGGGAAUUUUGAGCUUGAAGGCCCAGAAGCCUAACAGUUAGAGCCAAGACUCUCUGCUAAUUAGUGAUCUACAAGGGGAUGAGGAGAAAUAGUGUCCAGGGUAGUAUUAGCCCAGAGGAUAAGCUUUGGAAGCUGGUCUGUUUGAGGACAUGAGAGAGCUGGACAGACUAAAGCAGCGCCGCAUCACGCUCGUUUGGUAGAUAAGAAGCCAGGACUGAAUCCUAGUGGAUAGGGCAGUGUUUAAAAAUAGCCAACAUGUUGAUGGAUUAUGUUGGAAUUUUUUUUAAAAAAAAGGGUCAAUUUUUGCAACAUAAAUGACUAAAUAUUCAGGGUGGAUUUUUCCUUUAAUCAGGGGUAAAUUGGGUGGUCCAGUAUAACUCUGGUUAGAAUAAGAUUCAUCACUGUUUAGAUAAGUGACUUGUUUGAUCUGUUAUUACAUUUCUAAAUAUUUUUUUUUAGCUAGUGUAACUUGUAAACUUUGUGUAUUGGCCUAUAAUCGUCUCUCAAUGGACUUUUUUUUUUCUUUUCUGAACUGAUGUUACAUUUUCACCCACAUGCCUACUACACGGACUUUACCCUUUUCUUGUUUUUCCUAUUAAGGUUAAGAUGGGAAGAAUGAAAAAGGUGGCCGAAGUCGAAUGUUGUGUUAAAUGAGGCUGAAUUUUGCGAGUGCAUGCUAAUUCUGUGUGGCCAGAAGUUCUGAGAAGUUCCCCUCAUGUAGAGUGUUGUCACUUUGGAAGCAAUGAAUGGUUGAAGAUGAAGUACAGAAGUCAGAAUAAGAAACUGAAGAAAGAAGAACAGAAUGUUGGUUGAAGUUAUGAAGUUAAUCUCAGAAGUGUUCGGGUGGAUAAGAUGAAAGAGGGCUAAGAGUCCCGCUCUCGGAGUGUGAGUCCCAGAGGCUCUGUGAAGUCAACCAGCAAUUCACCAGGAAGAUCUAAGGAUGGUUCUCACCGCUCUCGCUCCCGAUCCAAAUCCCGCUCCAGGUCCAGGUCGAAGUCCAGGUCCAGGUCCCGUUCGCACCGGAGCUCUCGUCGUCGCCAUUCCCGCUCACGCUCUCGAAGGCGCCACUCGCGUAGCCGGUCGUACAGCCGAGAGUACCGACGCAGCCGCAGCCACUCACCCAUGUCCAAUCGCAGACGGCAUGUUGGCAACCGGGCAAACCCUGACCCGAACUGUUGCCUGGGUGUGUUCGGCCUGAGCCUGUACACCACAGAGCGAGACCUGAGAGAAGUGUUCUCCAAAUACGGUCCCCUGGCUAGCGUCACCAUUGUCUAUGACCAGCAGUCUCGCCGCUCACGAGGCUUCGCCUUCGUCUACUUCGAGAACGAAGAGGACUCCAAGGAGGCUAAAGAGCAAGCUAAUGGCAUGGAGCUGGACGGAAGGCGUAUCAGAGUGGACUUUUCCAUAACCAAGAGACCACACACCCCCACACCUGGGAUUUACAUGGGACGGCCCACCUAUGGUGGUGGUGGAGGUGGAGGUGGUGGUGGAGGAAGACCCAGCACAUCCUCCAGUCGCUCCAGAGACUAUUACGAUCGGGGCUACGACCGCGGCUAUGAUAGAGGAUAUGACCGUUACGAUGAUCGGGAAUACUACAAAUCCUACAGGCGCAGGUCUCCUUCACCCUACUACGGUCGCGGCGGCUACAGAUCCCGGUCCCGCUCGCGGUCCUACUCCCCAAGGCGCUACUGAGCGAGUCGGAGGUGCUGCGUGUAAAGGGUGGAGGGGAUUCUUGUCUCGUGGAUGGAGAAUUAUGGAAGAAAAGGAGUUUUAAGUUUUGGUGUCUGUUUUUGUUUUUUGAUUAUUAUUUUUUUUGUAUUUUAAAUGCCAUGCAUGUUUGAUUUAAUAGUCUUUAUGAGCUGUGCAUCUUCUACUUGUGUUAGAUUUGGCUUCAGGCCUCGUUUGAUGUUUAGCUUGAGGGCGUGUUAUGUUGCAAUACAUCAUUGCGUCUCAAAAUCCUGAAAUCUACACCGUUGGGGGAAAUCAGAUGUAAAUGCAUAUGUUGUCAAUAUCCAAGAAAUAAACAGUAUUUUACAA